AUGGCGGAGAAGCAGGGCCGGGAGCCUGAGUGCCCUGUGUGCUGGAACCCCUUCAACAACACGUUCCACACCCCCAAAGUGCUGGACUGCUGCCACUCUUUCUGCGUGGAGUGCCUGGCCCACCUCAGCCUGGUGACUCCGGCCCGGCGCCGGUUGCUGUGUCCGCUCUGUCGCCAGCCCACUGUGCUGGCCUCCGGACAGCCUGUCACUGACUUGCCCACGGACACUGCCGUGCUCACCCUGCUCCACCUGGAGCCCCACCACGUCAUCUUGGAAGGCCGCCAGCUCUGUCUCAAGGACGAGCCCAAGAGCCGCUACUUCCUGCGCCAGCCCCGGGUCUACACGCUGGAACUCGGCCCCGGGCCUGGGAGCCAGACUGGGCGCCCCCAGGACGUGGCCCCUACCACCGUCCCCAUCCCCAUCCCCAGCCCCAGCCACGACUCUCUGAGGGGGUGUUUCCGCAACCCGCAGUUCCGGAUCUUUGCCUACCUGCUGGCUGUCAUCCUCAGCGUCACUCUGUUGCUCAUCUUCUCCAUCUUUUGGACCAAGCAGUUUUUUGGGGGUGUGGGGUGAGCAUCUGUUCCAGACAAAGAACCAAGCCUUUCUUGGCUGCUGCUGGGUAUGAGGACUGCAGAGCCUCAUUUGGGGUUGUCUUCCUUUGUAGUAUUGUUCUUUUUUACAAUCCAGGGAUCGGCUAGGCUGUGCAUCUGCUUCUGGGA